AUGCUCCUGCAGUGCGUCACCCGGUCGGCCCCCUGGCCCGGCGGCCUCAGCAUCCAUGACAUCAUGGCCGCCGUGCUGGCCGACCACCGGCCGGACGCCGGCGCCCUGCCCGGGGCCGGGCCCUUCGCCAAUGCCGGGGACCUGGUCCGGGCGGCCUGGCAGGCGGACCCGGCCCGGCGGCCCAGCGCCACGGCCUUCCGCCAGCAGUGUGCCAUGUACUUCGUGGCGGCCGGCGGUCUGGACGCCUGCGCCAGCUGCGACAUCGACCACUGCAAGGCAUGCGUCGGGCAGACCUGCCUCGUGUGCGUGGACGGCUUCUUGUUGCAGGCUGGCGCCUGCGUGCUGGACUGCCUCGGGAGGGACACCUUCGCCGGGGGCCGCUGCCUGCCGAGGCCAGGCGAACGGCCGGUGCACAUCGGCACCGCCGUGCACCCGACCGCCCUCCCCUCGCGGGUCAUGGCCCGCACUCGCAUGCGGCCCGGGCCCACGGGCCCGGUCAUCUCGGCCGAGUCGCUGGCCAACACCGACCGGGUGAUGCUGCUGCCGGAGGAUGAUUCGGGCUUCGUGCUCCUGGCAGCCAUCCAGCCGGAUGGCCAGAUUGCGGUGGACUCCACCCCGAUCACGGAACUGGCCGGGCAUGGGUUCCGGUCCUUCGUGGAGUUGGGCCCCUUCGACACGAGCGACGGGACCACCCUCAUCGGGGUCGGCUGCACCGACGACGGCGGCGUGGUGUCGGUGCGGUAUGCCUGCCGCCUGCCGGACCCGGGGGCCUCCGCCAGUGCCGGCGAGUCGGACACCUGCCAGCUGGGCUUCCAGGCUUACGAGUGGCUCAUCCUCCCGGGCGGGGGGGACCAGUGCGAGACCCUGGCAGCCCUGGCCGACGGCCGGUCGGUGUCGGCCGAGUUCUACGGCCGGUCCCGGCAGCGGUGGGCCUACUGGCUGGUUGUGGAGUCGGACGAGCCGCGCCUCCUGCAGGACUGGGAGUACGUGGGCGCCGAGUACCACCCGGCGGUGUUCCCCCUGCCGCCGGGGCUGGCCGCCGGGCCGGACAGCACAUGGGUGCUGGCCGCCGGGCCCGAGGGCACCGCCCUCAAUCCCCUGCGCAUGGUGGCCAGCCGCGAUCCUCGGGCCACCGGGGCCAGCCUCACCUUCGGCCGCCGGGCCCUGGACCAGCAUGGGGCCCACCUCCGGGCGGUCUUCCUGCCGACCCCCUCGCGUGGCGGCCACACCGGCGAGGUGGUCCUGGCCGGCAUCCGCCCGGGCUUCGACGAGGAGCUGGUCUUCGAGGCGCAGCACGUGCCGCUGGGCAUGCUGGCGCACGGCCGCACCCGCGACAUCCCCACCUACACGGUGGAGCUGGGCCAUCUGCCGGAGCCGGAAACCUACGGCCCGGACGUGGAGUACACCCUGCUGGCGGUGGAGCUGGCCCAGCUGCCCGGGUACCCCAGCGCCCUGGUGCUGCUGACGCACGCCCAUAUCGCGGUGGCGCCGCUGCACUGCCCGGAGGAGGAGGCCCCGGUGCCGGCGUGCUACCUCCUCCGGGCCAGCGUCAUGCCGCUCAGUGUCCGCAGCCAGACGUUCUUCCAUCCGGGCAUGGUGGUGGCUUUGGCCAUUCCGCCCGCCGUCCCGGGGGCCGUGCCGCUGGCCUCCGGGCCGCCGGUGGUGGCGGACUUCCUGCUGACCGGCCUCGCCCUGGAUGACCCCCUGCAGGUGACCCUGGCGGCGGUGUUCUGCCCGGACGGGACCUUUCCCCCGGACUGCCUGCCGUGCGAUGAGGUGUGCGCCACAUGCCGGGGCCCCGGGCUGAUGGAUUGCUCCCGGUGCCGGCUGUCGCUGCCCGGCGUGUCGGAUGCCUGUGUCAGCGCCUGCCCGGAGGGCACCCUGGCCGACCUCGACGCCGGGACGUGCGAGUGCGCCGACCCCGGGUGCGCCGAGUGCCACCCCACCGGCCCCGGGGGCGCGUACCGGUGCACGACCUGCGCGCCGGGCUUCGCCCAGGACCUGGCGGCCCCGGGCGGCGGGCUGGUCUGCUCGGCCUGCCACGCGGCCUGCAGCCAGUGCCUUGCCCCGGACUCGGCGGCGGCCUGCACCCAGUGCUCGCCGGCCGGGGGGUUCCUCCAGCCCGGGACCAACACCUGCCGGAGCACCUGCCCGGCCGGCUUCCGGGCCGAUGUGGAAUCCGGCCGGUGCGUGGCCUGCAUGGCCGGCUGCCAGGCGUGCCAGGCCGCGGACCAGUGCACCGCCUGCGCCGAUGGCUACUUCUUGGACGACGCCCAGAACCGGUGCCUGGCCUGCCAUGCGUCCUGCGCCAAGUGCCACCGCGCCGGGGCCUGCGCCGUCUGCCAGCCGGGGCUGGUGUUUCUCAGCCCCAACCCGCUGGCGGACGCCCUGUGCGGGAGCGCCUGCGCCCCGGGCGAGUACCGGGCCCAGUGGCGCUGCAUGGACUGCGGGCCGUCGUGCGCCCUGUGCGCCGGCGGCCCGGACUCCUGCCAGGUGUGCGCGGCCGAGUACCGGUGGCUGGGCGCCCCGCCGGCGGCCGGCGCCACGGCCCCCUGCACCGACUGCCCGGCCGGGUGCACCUCCUGCGACGCGGCCGGCCGGUGCCUCACCUGCAGCCAGGGGCUCUUCCUGGCGCCGGAUGGGACCUGCGCGGCCGGCUGCCCGGCCGGGCACUUCGCCGACGACCUGGAUGGGUCCUGCCAGGCGUGCGCCAUCCAGUGUGCCCGGUGCACCGGCGACCGGGCCGACCAGUGCACCGACUGCGCGGCCGGGCUGACCCUCAGCCCGGUUGACGGCGGCCCGGCCGGCACCUGCGACUCCGCCUGCCCGGAGGGCCAGUACUUCGACUGGCCCAGCAGCGGGUGCAUGCCCUGCGACCCGGCGUGCGCCGCGUGCAGCGGCCCGUCCGACCACGAGUGCUGGAGCUGCCCGGCCGGGCAGACGGACGUCCUGCAGGGGGGCGAGUGUGUGCUGGCAUGCGCCGCCGGGCAUGUGGCCGUCGCCCGGCGGUGCCUGCCCUGCCAUGGGUCCUGCGCCGCGUGCACCGGCACCCGGAGCACCGAGUGCACCAGCUGCCCGGGCGGGCUGCUGGCCCUGCCGGCCGGGUCCCCCGCCGGCCGGUGUGUGGCCGGCUGCCCGGUCGGCUACCACACCGCGCCCGACGGGUGCUCCAAGUGCGGCGACCAUUGCAGCAGCUGCCCCGGCCAGCCGGCCGUCUGUGCCCUGUGCGAGCGCGGGUGGCUGCUGGACGCGCCGGAGUGCGUGGCCGGCUGCCCGGCCGGGGCCUCCGGCCUGGGGGGCAUGUGCGUGGCCUGCGACGGCACCUGCCUCGGCUGCUUCGGGCCCGGGCCCAGCCAGUGCAGCUCCUGCCCCCAGGAGAGGGCCUUCAUGCUGGACGGCGCCUGCAUGGGGGCCUGCCCGAGCGGGACCUUCCCCCUGGCCGGGCAGUGCCUGCCCUGCCAUGGCACAUGCGGCGAGUGCUUCGGCCCCGGGCACCAGGAGUGCAUCGCCUGCCCGGGGGGGCAGCUUCUGACGGCCCACGGCGCCUGCAUGGAUGCCUGCCCCUCCGGGCAGUAUGUGGCCCAGGCGCCGGGCAGCCCCCCGGGCCCGACGCCCGUGUGCCAGCUGUGCCAUGGGUCGUGCUCCGAGUGUGCCGGGCCCACCGACGCCCAAUGCACCGGCUGCCCGGCGGAGCGCUUCCUCCAUGCCGGGGCCUGCCUGGGGGCCUGCCCGGCCGGGACCUUCGGCUGCCUGGAGACCGCCAGCUGCCCCGGCUGCCCGGCCGGGUGCGCGGCAUGCCAGCCGGCACCGGCCGGCGGCCCCCCCGGGGCCGGCUGCACGGCCCAGUGCACGGCCUGCCUGCCGGGCUUCGUCCACUCGCCCGGGCGCGGCACAUGCGUCGAGGCAUGCCCGGCCGGGGAGUUCCUCCCGGCCGGCGCCGACACCUGCCAGCCAUGCCACCACUCUUGCGGCGCCUGCACCGGCGACGGGUCCGCCUGUACGGCCUGCGCGGCGGCCGACGCCUGGCUGGACUUCGCCCAGGGCACUUGCGUGGACGCCUGCCCGGGCCCCGGCAUGGGGGCCGUGGACUUUGGUCCGGGCGCCAGCCCCCGGCGCGUGUGCCUCCCCUGCCCGGCACACUGCGAGGCCUGCCCGGUGCCGGAGCCGGCCGCCGCCGGCAUGGCCCCCUGCUGGGAGACCGACGGCCGGGCACUGGCCUGCCCGACGGUCGGCAGCUGUGGCCGCUGCGCGCCCGUCAUGCUGCUCUUGCCGGCCUCGGCCCCCGGCCGGCCGGCCGACCAGUGUGUGCCCUCCUGCCCGGACGGCUUCUUCCCCGACAGCGUCGGGUCCCGGUGUGUGCCCUGCCACGCGACGUGCUCCCGGUGCUCCGGGCCCUCGGCCGACGAGUGCGAGGGCCACGCCCCUCCCCGGUCGAAGCUGCCCCUCGGUACGUGA